AUGGAUGAAGAGCUGCUGAGGGACGGUUGGAAUUCCACACGGUAUCCCUGGCGGUUCUUGCAACAAUCAGGCGGCGUGCCUGAAGAAUUCGAGCCGGAGAUCCUCUACGGCACAGCUUAUGCCCAGCAGCUGAUCUGGAACCACCAGCACCCCAAGAACUGUAGCGAGGCAAAGUUUCUCGUGUACUACCACCAGGUUUGUGGCAUUGGGGCCCAGCUGCACUUGCUUGGCCAAGCCUUAGCCAUUGCCAUGCAGUUGGGCCGCGUCUUGGUGUCACCGGAUGAUGAUCCCGCCGUGCUGCUUGUUGAUCCAAGCUUUUGCCCCGGAGAAAAGAAGGGCUGGCAGUGUUGGCUUGAGAAUCUCACAAGCUGCCAAGAGAUUCAUGGAGACAUCCUGACCGUCUCUGGUCUGCCCCAAGCAGAAAGUUUGGAAGACCUUUGGCGACAGCCCACGCGUCGCAGCUUGAUCUUCGAAGGCACUUAUGGCAUACAGCAUGUUCCGGAUAUUUUCCAAGAUUUGCUCGCUUGCUCUCCGGUGAAGAGAAGAUUCUGGUUUUAUUGGUGGCGAGCGCAGUCAGUAACAUAUCUUCUCCGGUUCAACGCCAAAACUCGGCUU